AUGUUUCCUUCAGUUGAUGGUCGCCUUGCUAUCCUCGCCGUCUUACCUACUUCCUUUUUUGUCAUCACAUCCCUCAAGAGGUUCAUCAGGAACAGACAGAACAAAUUCCCCCCUGGCCCCGUGCCGCUCCCACUAUUAGGAAACAUCUUGUCUCUCGACACCAAGGCGGCAUGGUUAACUUACACCGAAUGGGCUGCUGCUUAUGGAGACUUUUUUUUCGUGCGACUUCUAGGCCAGGAAGUCGUGGUAAUCAAUUCUCAGCACGUUGCAGAAGCCUUGUUGGACAAGCGUUCUCGCAUUUACUCCGAUCGACCAUACUUAGCCACAGUCGAGCCGUUUGGUUGGUCGGUCGUCUUUGCAUUCGUAGGCUAUGGUGACGAAUGGCGUCUUUCCCGACGACUCUUCCAUCAAACUUUCCGUUCCGACUCUGCGCUCAAGUUUCGUCCAAUGCAGAUCAAGCAGGCUCGUGAGAUGAUUGUCAAUCUAAUCGAUGACCCUCAACAUUACCAUUCUCACUUUGCAACAUUCUCCUCAUCAGUUGCGAUGUCAGCGACCUACGGCUACCAAACUAGUCCUCGUGAUGAUCCUCUGGUUCGAAUCGUAGAAAAUGCACUGGCUAUUGGCCUCGAGGUGGUGACCCCAGAGAAAGCAAUCUUGCUUAAAACCUUCCCUUUCUUAUUGAAGUUACCUGACUGGUGCUGGGGAUCCUCAAUCAAACGCGAUGCUCGAACGUCGUCCGAUCGUAUGAGAGAAAUGACCGACGUGCCGUUCCAAUAUGCGCAAGACCAUAUGGUUGAAAACUCGGCCCUUGGUCAGUUUUCGAUGGUGGCAGAAAAUCUUCAACGAAUCGAGAAGCAAGAUCAGACAUCCCGAUCAUUGUUUGAGGGUGCCUUAAAGAAAGCAGCUACUACUGCUAUUAUCGGUUCAUACGAGACGACCACGUCGACCUUGAUGACUUUUGCUCUCGCCAUGGUAUUGUAUCCAGAUGUUCAGAGACGCGCACAAGCGGAGAUCGACUCAGUGGUUGGCCGGGAUCGCUUACCUACCUUUGAAGACAGAACGUCACUACCAUAUAUUGAAUCAGUUCUGCGUGAGACUUUGCGAUGGCAGCCUAUCGUACCCCUUGGCAUUGCACAUGUCACCACGAGUGAUGAUACAUAUGAUGGUUAUUUCAUACCGAAAGGAACAACCGUCAUGUGCAACGUGUGGGGCAUUACACGAGAUGAAAAGCGGUACCCUGAUGCAUCUCGUUUUGUGCCAGAAAGGUUCCUAGACGUCAACGGCGCGUUGACAGAUGAUAACCCUGCUAGAUAUGUUUUCGGCUUUGGCCGGCGUGCAUGUCCAGGCCGACAUGCUGCUGAUGCCUCUGUAUGGUCCGCUAUUGUUACUAUGUUAGCCACGGUGGAGUUUUCUUCUGCCAAAGAUGACCAGGGCAAAGUGAUCGAAUUCACCCCCCAAUUCACGACAGGACUCAAUCACUCCCCUAUGGUCUUCCCUUGCAAUAUCUCAUCACGCUCUUGUGCCCAUUCGGAACUUGUGAAUGUUUUCCGAACAGAAGUAUGAAAUGUUAUCAGGUGAAUGGGCUGUAUAUGUAUAUCUUCCUUUCUUGGGCCCACACCGCCAAUCUGUCCAACAUCUUUUCGUUAGCUCCGUUUUCCGCACGUGGCAUGUACGACUUGAAAUAUGUAGAAUGUAGCAUGAAAUUCAACCACCCGCUUGCGCGCGCACGAG